ACACACUUUACAGAAACACCACCCAUCCAGGCCUUGUGGUCCCGCCCCCUCUUCUUCUUCGACAACACCGCGGGACGUCUGACUAAACUCCAGGCGGACUUUAUUCGAUGAAAAAAAAUGUCGUUUUUGUCCUCUCUUUUCAUCCUGGCACUUCAUGUGUUGGGCAUCCUGUUGUCGUUGCUGUUGGUAGCCUUCCUGGGCUACUGUGUGUACAUUAAAUAUGUGCACAUGAAAUACGAUCACAUACCUGGACCACCGCGGGAAAGUUUUUUGUUUGGACAUUCCCCUGCUUUGUGGAGGAUGAUGGCAAAGGAGGAAAACGCGCUCGACUUAUUUCUGGAAUGGGCAGAACGUUAUGGAUCCGUGUUCAGGAUUAAUAUGUUGCACUAUGUAAUUGUGUUCACCACCAGCCCAGACACCGUCAAGGAAGUCCUGAUGUCCUCAAAGUAUCCCAAAGACCUCUUCCUCCACACACGACUCUUCAGCAUGUUUGGUCAAAGGUUCUUAGGUAAUGGGCUGCUAACGGCCAGGGACCAUGAACAGUGGUAUAAACAACGACGCAUCAUGGACCCCGCCUUCAGCAGCCUGUAUCUACGCAGUCUCAUGGGGACGUUCAACGAACGAGCUGAGGUGCUGACCACUAAAUUGUCGGAGGUCGCCGACAGAAAAGCGGAGGCCAACAUGCUGCAACUCGUCAACCGCGUCACUUUAGACGUCAUCAUCAAGGUUGCCUUUGGUGUGGAUUUGGAGCUGCUGGAGAACACUUCACUGUUCCCCAAGGCCAUCGAGACGUGUCUGAAAGGGAUCGUGCACAACAUACGUAGCGCCUUCUUUCAGCUCUACCCCAAGAACUGGGCCUUUGUCAAGGAGGUGAGGGAAGCUUGCAAGCUGCUGCGCUCCACCGGCGCCCAGUGGAUCCACAACAGGAAGGUGGCCAUUGAGAGCGGCAGAGAUGUGCCUAAAGACAUCCUCACGCAAAUCAUCAAGACGGCCGGCAAAGAGGAAAGCAUGACCAAAGAAGACGAAGAGUUCAUGCUGGACAAUUUUGUCACCUUCUUCAUUGCGGGACAGGAAACCACGGCAAGCCAGCUGGCUUUCUGCAUCAUGGCGCUAGCUAGACAUCCUGACAUCCUGGACAAAGCCAAGAAUGAGGUGGACGACGUCAUUGGGAUGAAACGUGACAUCAGCUACGACGAUCUCGGCAAGCUAGUUUACCUUUCACAGGUUCUAAAAGAGACUUUAAGGUUGUACCCAACAGCUCCAGGAACAUCCCGUAAUCUCCUUAACGACAUAAUCAUUGACGGCAUCCACGUACCAGCAGGCACGACCGCCGUUUUCAGCUCCUACGUGUCCGGCAGAAUGGACAAGUUCUUCAAGGAUCCGCUGGAAUUUAACCCCGACCGCUUUCACCCCGAUGCUCCCAAGCCGUAUUACUGCUACUACCCCUUCUCCCUGGGCCCACGCUCCUGCCUCGGACAGAACUUUGCUCAGAUGGAGGCCAAAGUGGUGAUGGCCAAGAUUCUGCAGAGGUUUGACUUCACCCUGACACCCAACCAGAGCUUUGACAUCCUGGACAUGUUCACCCUGAGGCCCAAGAGCGGGGUGGUGUGCUCCAUCAGACACAGGAAGGACGGUGCAUGAAUACCUGCCUCUUUCUGUGCAAAGAAAGGAAACAUUCAUGACACUAUUGGUCAGCGUGGUGCAAUUAACUUAGAAUUAACAUUGCAAUUAACUUAGCAGGAUUGUAAUCAAAAUCAAUUAUUAUUUUUUAAAUUUCCUUUUUCAAGUCAGCUCACAUCAAACCAAAAACUCAUAAAAAGUAAAAUUACACUUUAUAGUGAACCUAAUGUUUUUUUAUUUUUAUGUUUUUUUAAUUUUGCAAAUUUCUUUCAUCAAAUGGAGGAUCUUGAAUAGACUUUCUUAUCAGCACAUAUAAUUGUCACAAUAAACAAUAUAAUACAGUUGUUGAGGUGAAAAAUUGACACAAGCCUUAAUGUUCUUUUUGUUCAGCAGUGGUUUUAUUCUUGCAACUCUGCCAUGCAGGUCAUUUCUUUCUUAUGGUGGAGUCAUGAACACUGACCUUAACUGAGGCAAGUGAGGCCUGCAGUUCUUUGGAUGUUGUUGUGGGGUCUUUUGCGACCUCUUGGAUGAGUUGUCACUGCACGCUUGGAUUCAUUUUGGUUGGCCGGCCACUCUUGGGAAGGUUCAACACUUUUCCAUGUUUUUGCCAUUUGUGGAGUUGCGUUGUCAUUGACUUAUAUUUAAAUUUGUUUGAUGAUCUGAAACAUUAAAGUGUGACAAACACGUAAAAAAAAAAAAAAAAAAGAUCAGGAAGGGGGCAAACACUUUUUCACACCACCUUAUGUACUUUAAAUCAACUUUAUGUACUUUUGGUAAGUCCGCCCCUGCAUUUGAACCCUGCCAUUCAAUGCGGUCCCUGACCAAUACAACCCUGGCCUCAACUGGGCCUUGACUGCACCGACAUCAACCAGUGCAUUUUAAAAUGGACCCUGUGUUUCACUGGGAGCCGGUGAAGAGCUGCAAGCAGGGGGUGUUAUGUGGUCCCGACUUUUAGUCCCAGUCAAUAGGCGGACUGCUGCAUUCUGCACCCCUGGAGCAACGAAGGGAAGACUGGUCGAGGCCCAUGUAAAGCCAGUUGCAACAGUCCAGCCGUGAUGUGUUGCUUUCUCCAAGUCUGGAGGUGCUCGGUGUAUUCUGACCCGACUAAAAAGCUGGAUUUUACAACUGCAGAUAUUUGCUUGUCCAGUUUCAAAUGAGCGUCAAGGGUGACAGAAUGAGGCAAGUGGGCCAAUUGCGCUCUUAACACCAUUUCAAAUAUUUGGGUCACCAAAAACUACAAUCUCUGUCUUGCUUUGUGAAGAAAUUUGCUGGCGUCCAUGCUUGGACGUCUUUGGUACAUUUAAGAAGGGGCUGGAUGCAGUCGGUGUUUGAGUGGUUUGGAUAUUUGGGGAUCAUCAGCAAAGCAGUGGAAGGAUAUGUUGUGCUUUCUGAGGAUGACUCCCAGGGGAAGUAAACGUAAAGAAACUGGGUGGGCGCCAGCACCGAGCCCUGCUGCAGGCCACAAUUCAAAGAAGAUGCAGAGGCGUGUUGGCCAAAUUUCACAGGUAGGAGAGUGUCAUGAUCAACUACUGCGUCGAAGGCUGCGGUUCGAUCUAAAAGCAACAGGACAGCCGUUUUUCCAGAGUCAACAGUUAAAAGCAGAUCAUUAACAACUUUUAAAAGUGCCGUCUCUGUCCUGUGGCGACAUUUGAAACCUGACUGGAAUUUCUCUGUGAUGUCGAUUAACUCAAGGUAGGACAGUAAUUGGCUGUGAGCCAUUUUUUCCUAGAUUUCUGACAGGAAAGGGAGUUUUGAGCUGGGCCGGAAAUCACAUAGUUCUGCAGGGCCUGUCAUCGCAGCGCGCCUUCCAGGUGAGUGGGUUCGGACCCACGGGUGCACGUGCUCGUGUGCGUGUUGACGUGCGAUUCUUCUCUGCAGACGUGAGGAUUGCUGGUGCUGUCCGAUACAGUCAGUCUCGUCCAACCAGUAGGAGGCCUCGGGGAAGACCAAGGGCACACUGGGGGGACCACAUCUCUCAGCUGGCCUGGGAACACCUCAGGAUCCGCCGGGAGGAGGUGGACGAAGUAGCCAGGGAGAGGGAAGUCUGGGCUUCCCUGCUUAGGCUGCUGUCCCGGCGACCCCAGAAGAUGGAUGGAUGGAUGGAUAUUUUCAUGUAAAAAUCCACAUAAAAUAACUUCAUCUCUAAUGAAGACAUACAAUAAUUAUCAACUUCAAAUGUCUUCAUUUAGAAGUAGAAUAUGUUUUUAAAUGCAAAUUUAUUGAUAAACUCGAUUUAAUAUUGUUUUUCUGUGGAUUUAUUUUUACAUCCUGUCUUUCAGUGUACACCUAUAUUAAACCUAAAGUACCCCUAUUUGAGACCCUCACUCUAGUGUAUAAUAUCUGUAACUGAAUGCAGUAUUUUAGUAUCUUAGACUGAAACAAGCACUUGUUGCAAGUACUGAUAGUGACCACUGAGUGACGCUGUUUCUGUGUAUUUUUCUUGGGACAUGUUCAACUACAGCAGUGGCCACCAAACUUUUGAGCCCUUGCAAGAUCUCUGGUCUCGGCCAUGAACCUGCACGAGAUCUACCCCUAGAUCUAUAGAUACCGCAAGAUCUAUACAUAUAUAUACGUAUUAUAUUGUAGAAAGAUUUUUAAAGUAAAU